CCUAAACCUGUUAUAUCCAUUUUUCAGAUGAAAUGUUUUGGGAAAGAAAAUUAUCCUGAAUUCCUGACAUUUCUUUGACAAUUUCAGUAUAAAGAAAAUGGCGAAGGGUAAUUUUCUUCCCAUUUAAAAGUAAAUUAGACGAAGUUUAAUGUUUAGUGAUCGUUCUGACCUAAUUUUACUCAAAUAACAUAGCCUUUGAGAUGCAGGGUCAAGAAGGCAUUCCUGGGUCUUCGGAUCAUAGACUAGCACUCAUUCAUGAAAUGAGUGCCCACAAUUUUGACCUGAUUAGGUUUGCCUCAUAUAGGACAGCCACUAAACUUAGAUUUAUCCAGAAAAAAGUUAGCUUGCAUGCUGUUGAUAUAUGGAAUGUAAUUGAAGCAUUUAGAGAACAAGGGUUACAUGCCUUGGAACCUUCUUCUGAACUGAGUGUGGCAAGACUAGAGACACUUCUUUGCUCUCUAUAUCAUAGUUUAAAUAAAAGGGCACCGCCAACACAGCAAGCUCAUGUUGACGUAUGUUCCAGUCUCUUACUUAAUUGGCUUUUAGCUGCUUACGCUACUGUUGAUAACGUAGGAAAAAUAAGAGUAUUUUCUAUUAAAAUUGCUUUAGCCACAUUAUGUGCUGGGAAAUUAAUGGAUAAAUUAAGAUAUGUAUUUUCUCAAAUAUCUGAUACCAAUGGUUUAUUAAUUCAGUGGAGAUUUAAUGAAUAUUUACAAGAAGUUUUGGCUCUUCCUGCUGCGGUUUAUGAAUCUCCUACUUUCAGUUACACCGAUACUCUAGCUGCUUCCAUAUUUAAUCCUAAUAUUAAAGUUACUGUUAAUGAUUUUCUUGAUACUAUGAUGUCAGAUCCUGGCCCUCCAUGUUUGGUGUGGCUUCCCCUUGUCCAUAGAAUUGCCAGUGUUGAAAAUGUUAUUCAUCCAGUACAAUGUGAUGCCUGUCAAAGGGAGAAUUUUUCUGGUUUCAGAUACCGUUGUCAAAAAUGCCCCCAUUAUACUCUGUGCCAGGAUUGUUUUUGGAGAGGCAGAGUUUCCCCACCCCACAAUCUAGACCACCAAGUGAAAGAAUAUGCUACUUUUUCACCAACUAAAACUAUUGGACAGUCUUUAAGGAAAUCAUUUAGAUGUGUUCCAGAUAAGCAGCGUAAUAAUCUUCCAAGAUUUCCAGAGCAGCCAGAGAAAACUUUAAAUUUGUCCCAUAUAGUUCCUCCCUCUCCAAUUCCAUCUCAUAAUGGAUUUCCAGAUGGUCAGUAUACCGGUGGAUUUGAUGGAAUGGGUAGCUUAGAUAGCAGAUCCACAGCUAGAAGUCUGGACAGUGCCAGAGAUGAUGAACAUCGACUAAUAGCUAGGUAUGCCGCAAAAUUAGCUCAGGAAGCCAGGGGUGGAAUGCCUCGAGACGCUACCUAUAGAAAAAAUUCUUUAUCACCAGAUAUCAUAGGGGGAAGAGUUCCAUCUGAAGCUUGCCUAGGCAUGGACUCGACCAGAGCUCAGAGGGAACUUAUCAAUCAACUCGAAUCGAAAAACAGAGAAAUUAUGAGAGAAAUAGCCAGGUUAAGAAGACAACAGGAACUAGAAUCGAGCGGCCACAGUGCUGACAACCCGGUAUUGAUGAGCGAGUUGCGAGCACUGCGCAUGCGUAAAGAUGAGCUGGAAACGCAUUUGAUAACGUUGCAGGAUUCUCGUCGCCAGCUUAUGAUUCAGCUUGAAGGACUCAUGAAAAUGUUAAAGAAUCAUCAGUCUUCCCCAAGAAGUACCCCCAAUUCCUCUCCUCGAAGCACGAAAUCUCCUCCGUUGCCUCCAGGAGUCGCCCCAUCUACUCAAACAAAUCCCAGGAGCGCACCGCAGACUCCAAUGGGCAUGCCACCGUCUUCCAGUUCUUCCAUGACCAAUUCCAUGCCACCCAUGAGCGUUGAGAGGGAAAAAUUGGACAGAGAAAGAGAUCGGCGUGAUAUGCCUUUGGGUUUGGUGCAGCCUUUGGGUGGCAUGGUUGGUAGGAACGAUGCUGUAGUUAUGAUGCAGCAGCAGCAGCAGCAGGAGAGGAACGAUAGGGAGAUAAAUAGGCAUAAUGUUAAUAAUGACGCGUCAUUGAUUGGAGUGGGCGGAGAUGUGAGAAAUGCAUUUGGAGGUGGGCCAGGAAUGAUCGGUUCCAAUGGUAAUGGUACGCCAGGCUCGACGGGUCGUUCCUUAAGGAACGACUUGCUGGUUGCAGCCGACUCGGUCACAAACGCCAUGUCCACCUUAGUAAGGGAAUUAAACUCAGAUUUCGAAGACGACGGGGAUGACGAGUCUGACGUAGGUUGGCAACAAGAACUCCAACGCAGGUACAUGCAGGACGCUAAUUUCAUGGCAGAACUGAGGGCCAGGCAUCCGUCUAGUCCACCGGAAGUGAAUCAUGUGUCCAACUCAUCCAGUCAGAAUUAUAUCCACGGUCAGAACUUCAAAAUGCAAGGCAUCCACUUUCCUAACAGUCAAAGUGGAUCGUUGAAUCAGCACGGUUACGUACAGUUGGAUCAGAAUCAAGAUCUGUUUGGUCCGCAGUAUUCGACACUUGACAACCACUUAAAUCAAGAUCGCCAGCAGAUUGAAAAUUGCGAUGAAGAUACAGAGCAUCAAGAAGUUCGUAAUAAAGAAACCAUUGAAUUUGAAGAAGCCCUGAAACAGUGGGUAAAUCGGUAAAAAUGGAAUUAGAAUAUUUUGUGUAGUCCAAGUCAUCCAGAUCUAAAGAGUAUACCUGUAUGUUUUUCUGUUUUGUGGAUUUAUUUCUUCUACAUUUCAUAUGAAACAUUAUUUUUUGGUCGAAACAAAAGGAAAAAUUAUAACAUCCAAGUGCAUUUCGUUUGGGUUUGGCAGAAUGACACUUUUUAACUGAAAUAAUCGAAUGUAGUACAAAUAAUAUCGAAAUGAGGCACUUGAAUAUGGUACUUCGGCAGUUUAUGUUUACGGCCUAAAACUAAAGGAUUUAGCAUGAAAACGUGUAUCAACUUUAAUUGUGUUGGUGACAUAAUAAAUCUAGAAAUACACAGUAUAGGAAGGUCAUUCAUACAUUUAGGUAUAGUCAUUAAGUGUACGAUAUAAUCAGUUUUCGAAAAUAUCAUAUCAAAUAGAUAUAAAAUAAAAUAAACGCUUCUUAAUAGUUAAUGAAAUUAUAUAAACAUAGUAUGGGCAGGCAGGGACUGAGCUUAGUCAUUUUAAUUAAAAAAAAAUAAACACAUCCCCGAGAUAAAACUACUAUUAUUAUUAGGCUAUAUAAAUUGACCGGUACAUAAGGUCCAGGGUUGCCACCAGGUCCGAUUUUGUCAGGACAGUCCCGAUUUUGAUCCAAAAGUCCCGCGUCCCCACGCAAGGCCCUAAUGUCUCGAUUUUUAUUUAUUUAAUAGCCACGUUUUUAUUAAACAAUAAAAUUGUAAAAUUUAUUAUUAAAAAUAUAUGUUUAUUAAAUUUCUGGAAUUUAAAAACAGUUCUUUUCUGCGAAUUAAUUAAAACCUUAGAAAUUUUGUAAUUAAAAGAAAUAUACAUUGAUACUCUGUUUAAUGAAUAUUCGAUAAUAAAAAAUAAAGUAUUUUAAAAACUAGAGUAAAUUAUAUGCCUUCAUCAAGGUUGUUAUUUAUAUAUUUUCACGUAUGAUGUUGAAGUAAACAGACGCUAGGAAAUAUAGUAUAUUCAGAUGUUCAUUUAAGCUCAUUAGAACGGAACUCCAAAUCUCAUUUAAUUUUAAUAUAUCGCAGAUAAGAAUUUUUGGAUUUUAUUAAAAAUGACAAGGCUCUUACAGCAAUAAAACAAAUGAUAAAUAUUCAUUAGAGUUGGGGACUGGAAUCUUUGGUGUUAGAACAGCAAAUAAAACACUAAGUGAUAAAUGGAAAUUAGCGCAUUGUAGGGGUUAAGACCUUUUUAUGCUUAUACCGUAUGAUCGAAAAAAAAACGGCGUCCAGUUGGCUGGAAAAUGACAUUUCCCA